AUGGUGCUGGGCAAGGCAACGGUGCUGGGCAAGGCAAUGAUGGCGGGCAAGGUAACAGUGGCGGGCAAGGCAACGAUGCUGGGCAAGGCAACGAUGCUGGGCAAGGCAACGGUGCUGGGCAAGGCAAUGAUGCUGGGCAAGGUGCAGUGGUACCAGGCGGGGUGCAGCCUGGGGUUGGUGCAGCAGGGAAACCCCCCAAAAUACCAGGUGCUGGGAUUCCUGGAGUUUUCCCGGGUGGCGUGCUCCCUGGCGCAGGGGUGCUGCCUGGAGUGCCCACUGGUGCUGGAGUCAAGCCGAAAGGUCCAGCUGGUUCAUCACAGCCAUGGCCAGAAGAUGCCUCAGGGCUUCCCAAACCACCCGCUCUCCUCUCCCGGGGUGCCCCGGGGCGCUCCCCUCUUUCAAGGACUGGUGGCAGCCUGGGCACGGGCUCCAGGUGGCUAUGGAUUGCCCUACAGCACUGGUAAGCUGCCCUACGGCUUCGGGCCCGGUGGGAUAGGAGCCGGCAUCGGGGCAGGAAAGGCAGGGUACCCCACCGGGACAGGAGUCGGAGCACAGGCGGCAGCAGCGAAAGCAGCAGCGAAAUAUGGAGCUGGUGUCCUGCCCGGAGCUGGUGGCAUCCCAGGAGUCGGCGGAGUGGUACCCGGCGUCGGUGUUGUCCCAGGAGCUGGAGGUCCAGGGGUGCUGCCCGGGGUUGGUGGCGUCCCAGGCCUUGUGCCCGGCGUUGGCGGCGUCCCUGGCUUGGUGCCCGGUGUUGGAGGUGUCCCCGGGGUUGCAGGAGUUGGGGCGCCGGCAGCGGCAGCAGCAGCAAAGGCAGCUAAGUACGGAGCUGGUGUUGGUGUUCCUGGCAUUGGCGGCGUUCCUGGUGUACCCGGCGUUCCUGGUGUUCCUGUCGUUCCCGGUGUUCCUGGUGUUCCCGGCGUCCCCGGAGCAGGGCGUGUGCCCGGUGUCGGCGUGCCUGGAGUUGGUGUGCCUGGUGUCGGUGUGCCCGGUCUGGUGCCUGGUCCAGCAGCCGCCGCUGCUGCCAAAGCAGCCGCCAAAGCAGCCAAGUACGGUAAGCCAGGAUCUCUCCGGGGAGCAGGUGGCCUGGUUCCUGGCGUGGGUGGCCUGGCUCCUGGUGUAGGUGGUCUAGCUCCCGGUGUGGGUGGCCUUGCUCCUGGUGUAGGUGGUCUGGCUCCUGGAGUGGGUGGCCUGGCCCCCGGCGUUGCAGGUGUCCCAGGGGUCGGAGCUCCGGCCGCAGCAGCAAAAGCAGCAGCGAAGGCAGCCAAAUUCGGUGCCGGUGUUGGAGGGGUGCCAGGCGGGGUGCCCGGCGUUGCCGGAGUGCCAGGAGUGACGCCCGGUGUCGGUGUCGUGCCCGGGUUGGUGCCGGGCGUGGGGGUACCCGGUACCGGCAUCCUCCCCGGGGCAGGCAUCCCCCAAGUAGGGGUGCAGCCUGGUGCUAAACCUCCCAAAUUCGGUGUUCCUGGGGUUGGAGUCCCAGGGGUCGGCGGCGUCCCAGGUGGCCUUGGAGUCGGUGGCCUUGGAGUCGGUGGCCUUGGAGUUGGUGGGCUUGGUGCCGGGGCUGGAGUUCCUGGCUUUGGCGUGUCACCGAUAUUUCCAGGUGGGGUUGCUGGCCAGCUGGGAUUUGGUGGGAAGCCCCCUAAGACCUUUGGAGGAGCCCUCGGUGCCCUGGGCUUUAGAGGCGGCGUGGGCUGCGCACAAGGGAAGUACUGCGGGAGGAAGCGGAAGUAA